AUGCCCAAUGUCAUCAGAGACAUACGCACCGUCGAGACGGAAGCCUUCCCUUACAUCUUUGAGCAAAAUGUCAGCAUCCAACUCAAGAGCAACAACCAGACCGUCGUGCGGGCCAAUGUGUACCGCCCCAAGAACGUAGAACGAGCCCCUGUUCUCAUCACCUACGGCCCCUACGGCAAAGAUAUUCCCUACGAAGACUUCCUAAAGCACUCUUUCGAUGAAAUCAAUCCCAAGCACAAGUCAGCCCACUCGGCAUUCGAGACCCCGGACCCAGGCUUCUGGACCAAAGAGGGCUAUGCCGUGCUCCGCGCCGACGAGGUGGGACUGGGCCAGUCCCCCGGCCUCCUGGACACCAUGUCGCAGAACACGACCGACGCCUUCUACGAGGUCAUCGAGUGGGCGGCCGAGCAGCCCUGGUCCAACGGCAAGGUCGGUCUCAUCGGCAUCAGCUACUUUGGUGGAAGCCAGUGGCGCGUUGCGGCUCGGCGACCCAAGGGCUUGGCUUGCAUCGUGCCGUACGAAGGCAUGGCCGACUACUACCGGGACCGGAGCCGCCAGGGCGGCAUUGCCGCCAUACCCUUCCUCGAGUUCUGGUUCAACCGGCAGUGCAAGAGCAACCAGUACGGCCUCCCUGGAAAGGCUAAUCGAAAAUGGGGUCCCGAUACCAUCGAAGGCGACUUGAGUGAGGACGAGCUGGCGGCAAACCGACGGGACCAGGCUGUGGAUAACGCUGCGCAUCUCUUCCGCGAUGACCCGUACUACGCCUCCAAGGAAUACAACCUUGAGGACAUCGAGGUCCCUGUGUUAUCAGUCGGAAACUGGGGUAACACCGCGGUUCAUCUUCGAGGUAAUAUCCUGGGCUACCUAUUUGCCGGCUCGCGAUACAAGUUCCUGCGAUUAGGCGUCGGCCGCCACGACCUACCCUUCUACCAGGACGAAGAGGUUGACAAGCAAAAGAGCUUCCUCAGUGCCUUCCUCAAGGAUGACGACUACGCCGGCUGGACAAAGGGUCAGCUACCGGCCAUCGACAUGGUCGUGCGCAAGGGAAACGUCGGGUACAACGAUCCCGCUGCUGAGAAGGCAGGGUAUACUCGACGGACUGAGAAUGAAUGGCCGCUGGCCAGAACCAAAUACACCAAGUAUUAUCUCCACAGGGAUAAUACCAUCUCGGUAGAGCCAGAGGCGUUCAACCCCAGCACCCCGAUCGGCCGUCUCUCGUACGAGACCCCCAGCACCCCCGAGGACCCCAGGUUUAUCCAGUUCAGCACGGCUCCCUUCGAGAAAGAGACCGAGAUCACAGGGCACAUCGUGGCCCACCUGAAUAUCUCGGUCACGCCUCUCCUGGGCGGGUCGGUACCGCAGGACAUUGACCUGUUCCUGACCAUACGCCACUUUGACGCCAAGGGCGAAGAGAUCUUCUACACCGGCACCAUUGGCAACCCUAUCCCGCUGGUCAAGGGCUGGCAGCGCGUGAGUCUGCGCAAGGUGAACACUGCGCACGCCCGACACCGCGAGUGGCUGCCGCACCGCGACUACUUCUCCACGGAUGUCCAGCCCGUCAUCCCGGGCGAGGUAUAUCCCGUCGACGUGGAGAUCUGGCCGACGAAUGUGGUUAUCGAGCCUGGUGCGCGCCUUGUUCUCGAUAUCAGUGGUGGUGACACACCGGGCGUGGGUAUCUUUGUCCACGAUGGUGCGGAAAGGACCCAGGAGAGGUUCGGCGGAAUCAACCACAUUCAUUUUGCGCCGCAUUAUCAGAACUAUAUAACUCUGCCCAUCAUUCCAUCGUAG